AUGGAACUCUCUUCUCUCUUGCUUAUGGAACUCUCUCCAGCUCCUUGCAUAUGGAACUCUCUUCCAGCUCCUUUGCUUAUGGAACUCUCUUCCUGCUCUUUGCUUCCCACUCUCUUCCAGCUCCUUGCUCCUUCUCCUUGUUGGAACUUCUCUUCCUGCUCCUUGCUUAUGGAACUCUCUUCCAGCUCUUCUCUCUUCUCCUUGCUUAUAGAACUCUCUUCCAGCUCUUUGUUUUAUGGAACUCUCUUCCAGCUCCUUGCUUAUAAAACUCUCUUCCAGCUCCUUGCUUAUGGAACUCUCUUCCAGCUCCUUGCUUAUGGAACUCUCUUCUUCCUUGCUUAUGGAACUCUCUCUCCAGCUCUUCUCCUUGCAUAUGGAACUCUCUUCCAGCUCUUUGCUUAUGGAACUCUCUUCCUGCUCUUGCUUAUGGAACUCUUCCAGCUUCUUGCUUUAUGGAACUCUCUUCCAGCUCUUUGCUUAUAA